CGGCGAGGCGGACUACAGAGGAAUAUUUUGAGGCUGGUUUGAUUAAUUUAGACCCAACCAAAGCUGUCAGGGUCGACACAGACUUCACGGACACACACUUUAGCUCCAGUGAUGGUAGACAGAGGUGGAGAGCCAUCAUCACCGCAAAUGGACUCUGAACAAGACCAGCUAGUUCCACCCUCCUGUCCUGUGUCCAACACCACACCUCCUCCUGACGAACCUCGGACCAGAGAGGACCUUUUAAAAUAUUACUGUCACCUCACCCUGGACCCGAACACAGCAUACAGAGAGCUGCGCCUGUCUGAGGACAACAGAAAGGCAGAGCUCACGGAUUUAGUCCAGACAUAUCCUGAACACCCAGACAGAUUCUCUCACCUCUUUCAGGUGCUGUGUAAAGGAGGCCUAACGGGACGCUGUUACUGGGAGGUGGAGUUUGGAGGAUCUGUUGAAAUAGCAGUGGCAUACAAAGAUCUUGGCAGAUCAGGCUAUUAUGACGAGUGUGCGUUUGGCUGCAACGACAAGUCCUGGAGUUUAGACUUGAACAAAAACCAUGUAUGUUUCAGACACAACGAUGAGGAGACUGCAGUGCCAGAGCCUCAGUCCUCCAGAGUUGGUGUUUUCCUGGAUCAUAAGGCAGGUAUUCUGACCUACUACUGUGUCUGUGACACCACACUGCAGCUGAUGCACAGAGUCGAGACCACUUUCACACAGCUGCUCUACCCCGGGCUGUGGGUUGCAGACAGCGCCCAGCUGUGUGACCCGGAGUAGAGGUUCCAGUCAAUAUAUGUCCAGUCUGUCUUAUGUCAGCUGGUCCACUGGUGAUAUUGUACAGCAAUGGGGAUGAGCAUUAUUGCUUUCAGCAGGAGGGUGAAAGCCACAAAACAGGAUGCAGGGAAUACAAAGCUUUGAUUUAAAAAAAAAAAAAAAACUUUUAUAAGAAUCA